AUGUUAUCGGUUGUCCUAUGAACAAGUACCCAGUGGACAAAUUUAUUAAAAAUGCUGAUCUAUUUUAUAUUGUUAAUGAGUCAUGUUUGGAUUGGUACCACUUUUGAUAUACGUAGACCGACGAGAGAUAGAAUGUCGGCAAGAAAUGUUGUAAUAAGUAUUUUUGGCUCAAACGCUAACAAACCCGAUUCACCAACAGCAAAUCUAAAAGAGAAGAUGUUAAGAAUACCCAGUAAUAACAACUUUAAUGAAAUAGUUUUAGCAGAACUCAAUUAUAAUGACAAAUUGUCGACCAAAUCUUUGGUACAAAUUUACCCUUUAACGAGAAAAUUUAUAACAAGACCUUAUUAUCCGAUUUUGUUCAAUAUACCUUUAACUGAUUUUUGUUGUGUUGAGCAUGGAAGAAAUGUAUUGAAUAAUAAUAAUCGACUUGUCAAACAUUCUGUUCCAUAUAAAGACGCGCUUGUAACCACGAAUAAAUUAGUACCGUUGAUUACCAAAAAUAAAGGCAUAUUUAAUCAUAAAGAUAAUUCAACAAUUGAUGGCAUUGAAACGAAAAAGGAUAUUACAGAAACAGAUUUGUAUAAUCAAAGUAGAAUUCAUGCAAUUAAUCAAGAACAAUCAAAAAUCGUUUCGAAUGUCUCCGUCGAGACUGAAAAAAUAACUCCGGCUUAUAAUGAAGAAAAUAGUAAAAGAAAACAAGUUGAACAUUCAUCGCAAUUAAAAGAUGUAGGUAAAAAAGAUUUAAAGGAUAUAAAAAUGCAUGAAAACGAGACGACGACUAUUCCUGAGACAGCUUAUAAUGAAGAAGUGAUCAGUACAACAGAGGUUUUUGUAGAUAUUGAAGAAAAUUAUAAAAAUAAUGUACAAUUCUUAAAUUAUACACUGAAGAGUCCAGAACCAGCACAUUCAAACUACAAUAUCAUUACUUACCCUACUACUGAACAAGUCAAAAUUCAAAAAGAUUUUAUACCAUACGUAUUAAAAAAAUAUAUAUCAUGGUCAAAAUUAUUUUCUCCGAUAGCUAAAAUAAAUACUUCUAUUCCUUUAAAGGGAUUUCAAAAUGUAACGAAUAAUUAUUUUACGGUGUCAGAUUUUAAAUCAAAAAUUCAAUCUUCUCAGAAGCAGAAUGAUGGAAAAGAGAACGUCGUACAACAGCGUAUAAUCAUUAAUAGCGAUAAUAUUAGCAAUGACAGUGUAGCUUACAUCAAAAGCAAGCUUUCCUUAAGCAAUUUAUCUACGUUGGAUAAACCCAUACUAUUUCCAUCCGAGAAACCAGAACUUUAUAAAAAUACGGAUGAUUCAGAAACUUUGGUAAGAAAAUUCCCGAAAUUGUCUUUAAAGGAAGGAAAUAGAGGUGAUAUUCCUGACUUGUUUUAA